AUGGGGGCCCUGACGAGCCGGCAGCACGCGGGCGUGGAGGAGGUGGACAUCCCGUCCAAUUCCGUGUACCGCUACCCGCCCAAGUCCGGAAGCUAUUUUGCCAACCACUUCAUCAUGGGAGGAGAGAAGUUCGACUCGACGCACCCUGAAGGCUACCUGUUUGGCGAGAACAGCGACCUGAACUUCCUGGGAAACAGGCCCGUCGCGUUUCCUUACGCUGCGCCCCCUCCCCAAGAGCCUGUGAAGACGCUGAGAAGCCUGGUCAACAUCCGGAAGGACACACUGCGGCUCGUCAGGUGCGCCGAGGAGGUGAAGAGCCCGGGAGAGGACGCCGGCAAAGCCAAGGUGCACUACAACGUCGAGUUCACCUUCGACACAGACGCGCGCGUGGCCAUCACCAUCUAUUACCAGGCCACCGAAGAGUUCCAGAAUGGCAUUGCCAGCUACGUUCCCAAAGACAGCCGGCUGCAGUCAGAGACCGUGCACUACAAGCGAGGGGUGUGCCAGCAGUUCUGCCUGCCCUCUCACACCGUGGACCCCUCAGAGUGGGCCGAGGAGGAGCUCGGCUUCGAUCUGGACCGCGAGGUUUACCCGCUGGUGGUGCACGCCGUGGUGGAUGAAGGAGACGAAUAUUUUGGCCAUUGCCACGUGCUGCUGGGCACUUUUGAAAAGCACGCAGAUGGAACUUUCUGUGUCAAGCCCCUGAAGCAGAAGCAAGUAGUGGACGGGGUCAGCUACCUCCUCCAGGAGAUCUACGGGAUCGAAAACAAGUACAACACCCAGGAUUCCAAGGUGGCCGAAGACGAAGUGAGUGACAACAGCGCCGAGUGCGUGGUGUGCCUCUCCGAUGUCCGGGACACCUUGAUUCUGCCCUGUCGCCACCUCUGCCUGUGUAACACCUGCGCGGACACCCUGCGCUACCAGGCCAACAACUGCCCCAUCUGCCGCCUACCCUUCCGGGCACUGCUUCAGAUCCGAGCCAUGAGGAAAAAAUUGGGCCCCCUGUCCCCAACCAGCUUUAACCCCAUCAUCUCAUCACAGACGUCCGACUCUGAGGAGCACUCGUCCUCCGAGAACAUUCCACCAGGCUACGAAGUGGUGUCUCUCCUGGAGGCGCUCAAUGGGCCCCUCACCCCAUCCCCAGCAGUGCCUGCGUUGCACAUGCGUGGAGACGGCCACCUCUCGGGAAUGCUGCCCUCCUACGGCAGCGACGGCCACCUGCCCCCUGUCAGGACGCUGUCCCCCCUCGACCGCCUGUCUGACUGCAGCAGCCAAGGCCUCAAGCUCAAGAGGAGUCUGUCCAAGUCCGUCUCCCAGAGCUCCUCGGUGCUGCACGAAGAGGAGGACGAGCACUCCUGCAGCGAGUCGGAGACGCCGCUCUCGCAGAGACCCUCGGCCCAGCGGCUGCGAGAGGAAUGUGGUGUGACCCCCGAAAGUGAGAACCUCACCUUGUCGUCAUCGGGAGCCAUCGACCAGUCGUCUUGCACGGGGACGCCGCUCUCUUCCACCAUUUCCUCCCCCGAAGACCCCGCCAGCAGCAGCCUGGCCCAGUCUGUCAUGUCCAUGGCGUCCUCCCAGAUCAGCACCGACACGGUCUCCUCCAUGUCCGGCUCCUACAUCGCCCCCGGCACCGAAGAGGAGGGAGAGGCUCUCCCGUCCCCCCGGGCUGCCAGCAGGGCCCAGUCAGAGGAAGCAGAGGGGACGCCAGCAGAGUCUCCGGAGAGCAACUUUGCCGGCCUCCCAGUGGGAGAGCAGGACGCAGAGGGUAACGACGUCAUAGAGGAAGAGGAUGGCUCACCAGUGCUGGAAGAUGGCCAGAGGACAUGCGCAUUUCUAGGUAUGGAGUGUGACAAUAACAAUGACUUUGACAUCGAAAGCGUGAAAGCACUGGACAAUAAGCCGUGCCCUGAGGCCUGCUUACCCGGUGCCUGGCAAGCUGAUAACGCAGUCAGUGGGCGGAACACCCAGCACCGGCGCCUGGAGGACCCCGAAGACAGGCCCUGCGUGUGGGGCCCGCUGGCUGUCUGA